GAAAGCUGGCCAAUGCUUUGCACCAGCUAUGCAUUAGUUCAAACUUGAUAUGUAAAUUGAAAAAAUAUUUUUAUAAUUAGGCCUACCUUUUUUGUUGUUAUAGAAUCAAGCAAUAUGAAAGUCGUAUAGCAUAGCCUUAGUAUGAAGGAUUAAAGUAUGAAGAUUAUUAUUAAGUUUGACAAUAAAAAAUAAAAGUUCCUCACCUUUGGUGAAUGCAAAUUUGACCACCAGAAAACCAUGCUAAUAGGCAAUAUUUAUGUGGGACUGAUUCUGUGUGUGAGUAUAUCUGUGAUUUUGUAUUUUGUCGUAUUUUGAUCACUUUAGUUUCAUUUUCUGUCGGAAAAGGGGUGAAGUUGGAAUUGACAACAUGAACGAGGAGGACCUCCCCGAUGCUUCUGAAUCACUUUCUGAGGCAUCAGGCCAUUCCAGUAGAGAACAUCAACCCAAUGAUCUUCUUAACGAGGCCAUUCCUCCAGGAAAUGUCGAAGUUUCCCAUGUCAGCAGUAGUAAGGUGUCUCUUACAUGGGAAACACAGUCUGCUGGUGAGGUGGGGGGCUACGUUGUAACCAGUUUCUGUGAUUCAGAGGCACACCGAGAGCAGACAACAGAUUCAAACAGUGUGAAAUUCUCUGAUCUGAAGCCAGGGCUCAAGUAUGACUUCCAAAUUAAAACACAGCUGAAAAGCGGAGGACUCAGCCAGCCUGCCUUGACAUCUGCCCACACAGAAACUAAACUGGAGGAUUUUCUCAGAAAUCUUGGCUUAAAAGAGAUCUACAAGGAGAAGCUCUCAUUAAGCAGUGUGCUACAGAUUGACAAGAAGGCCGUCACAGAAGAAGCGGCUAAAUGUCUUUCAGACCUCCCUUGGUGCUUUCUCAAGAGGUUAAUGAUGGUCAAUGGGACUGCUAGAAAUGUGAAAUGUUCUGCAGGCAGUGAGUCACAGCAGGAUCUUCCUUGUGGGAAUGUCGGUUUAGAUCUUUACACCAUUUUGGGCCCUAAAAAGUCAGGUGAAUUUGUGAACCCAUUAGACAUUAUCACUGCUCUCUUUCUGUGCUCAAAUGGCCUCCUUCAGCAGGAAAUGGCAGUCAAAAUGUCCAUGUGUCAGUUUGGGUUGCCUCUACUGCUCCCUGAUUGUGGCACGCAGAAGCACACGCUCAUGCUUUGGGCUUUGAGAGGCAUUGUUAAAAAAUACAGAACUCAGGCACUCUCGGGCACCAAAAGCUUUAUUGAAAAAUCAAUUGUUGUCCCUGAAAUUCCGAUGGUGUCCUUUGUGAGACUGGGUGAAGGUUCUUUAUCGAAGUCAGAGAUUCUGAAUACACUCCUGAGCAAUCCCCAACAGUACCACAACACUUUUGUUCACCAUACCAUGGAAUGUGGUAAUGUUCCAAGGGAAAUUGCAGAUGGACUUGUGGAAACUAGUUGGUAUUUUCCCUGUGGUGGCCAAAACAUCGAUAUUUUCAAUGAACCAGUAGCUGUAGCUAAUCUCAGAGGAGACAUUUCUCUCUGUGAAUUGCAAUAUUCCUUUUUAUGCAAAACGUCUGCGGCAGUUUUUGUGUUUCUUGACAAUUUUGACAACCAAUAUGAACUACUCAAAAAACAACACGAAACAGAGAUUUUCUUGAUAGUCAAUGUGGAUAACAAGAAUUUCAACUCCGAAAGGUUCACGAAGGUACUGAAAGAAUUAAGAUUGCCACAGACCAACAUCGUUUGUAAGAGAAAGGAAGUCAACAAUGCUGACUUUGCAAAAGCCCUACAAGAUAUUGUAACAAAUAUUGUUAAAAACACAGAGAAAAAAAACAGCAUAGCGCAAAUGGCUGACAUUGCUACUGAGCUUGGAAUAAUGGUUGAUGAGAACGCCUCAGACUGUCGGAAAGCUGAGAAAAAUGCAGAAGCUAUCACCUCAAAAAUAACAGACACUGCACAGUACAAAGAGAAAGAACUUCCUCGGCAGGGAUCAAUAUGGAAAGAAUUGACCCAAUUAGAGAAGGAGGAAUGUCGGCUUCGAAAAGUUGGGGAUAAAGACAUAGAAAAAUACAAAUUUGGCCUACACCAGCAGAAAGCAAAACUCCGGGAACAGCAGAGGGAUAUGGACAUUUCAAAUGAUGUGAUCAGCUUCAUGAAAGCAAUCUCAUGUCCAGCUGUUGAACAGGCUUAUUUUUUAAAAUGGAUGCAAAUUAAAAUUGACAACUUGUCCCGGGAACAUUUAUCAAACCUCAGAGCAGAGUAUAAACACAAAAGUAAGAAUUCAAGCAAAGAAGAACUUAAAGUCAUUGAUCAACAACUAUCUAGAAGCUAUUUAGGCAUUGAAAACUACUUUCGAGAAAUUGGUCAAAUAUAUGAAUCUACAGUCUCCCUUCCUGAAUCAGAUUUGUUUCGUCAACAAUUCAUGCAUUUGCCCAAGUUGUGUGCCCAAUUACUCAUGAAUGGAUUUCCACUGGAGCUUGUGGACGGAGAAGCAUCAGGCAUUCCUUUGGCAUGGGUGAAGGACGUAUUUUCUGAGCUGAGAAAAAUGGUGGAUCCAGAGAGCAAGAUAAGAGUUGUCACAGUUAUUGGUAUUCAGAAGACAGGAAAGUCCACUCUUCUCAACACCAUGUUUGGAGUGCAUUUUUCAGUCAGCAGUGGCCGAUGCACGAGAGGGUCUUUCAUGUUGCUCAUCAGAGUGAACAAAGAGUACUCAAAAGAAAUUAACUGUGAUUUUCUGAUCAUCAUUGACACCGAAGGCCUGAAAUCGCUAGAGCUAGCACAAUUAGAAGAUAGUUAUGAGCACGACAAUGAGCUUGCAACUAUUGUUGUGGGGUUAAGUGACAUCACAUUAGUAAACAUUGCAAUGGACAACAUGACAGACAUGAAAGACGUCCUACAAAUUGUAGUACAUGCCUUUCUCAGGAUGAAAGAAGUUGGCAAAAAACCAAAAUGUCUGUUUGUUCAUCAGAACGUAUCGGAUGUGUCAGCUCAUGACAAUAACUUAAGGGACAGAACCGUGCUGUUACAACAGUUGAACGAGAUGACACAGGCAGCUGCCAAAGUUGAGAACAAAGAGGAAAACAAAAGCUUCAAGGAAGUAAUGGAAUAUGAUCCAGACACUGGCAACAAGUACAUUCCUGGACUAUGGCAUGGAAACCCACCAAUGGCACCAGUAAAUUCAGGUUACAGUGAAGCAGUUUAUGAACUGAAAACAAACAUUAUCCAAAUGUUGAAAGAUUGCAAGUCAUCUGCUUACAACUUGGAUCAAUUUAUGAAUAGGACAGCAAGCCUAUGGAAAGCCAUAAAACAUGAAGAUGUCAUAUUCAGCUUUAGAAAUAGCCUGGUGGCUGAUGCUUACAUGAAAAUAUGCACAGAAUUCAACAAGUGGGAAUGGGAAUUCAAAAUGCACAUGUACUCAUUGGAAACAAGUGCAAAAGCACAGAUUUCAAAUUUUGGAACAAGUGCUGGCAUAUCUGAGUCAUCUAACAUCAGAGAACUUGUCACGGAAUUGAAUACUGAAGCCUGCUCAGAGCUGAUAAAAUGGGAAGACAAACUUAUUAACAAACUAGAACUAUAUUUCGAAACAGAUGGUCAGGUCCACCUAGUCGAGAGAUACAGAGAAGACUUCAUACAAAGUGCAAAAAUCCUAAGAAACAAAUCGGAAAGGUCCUUUAAGUCGGAAGUACAUAUAGCGGCUGAAAAUAAAGAGGCAAUGGCAAAAGUUGAGGAAGUAAAGAAAAGCACCACAAAACGUUUGGAGGGAGAAGUGCUUAGACUGCUAGAGGAAAGCCUUAAAAGUAAAAUCAUCCAAUCGGAUGAAGAGCUGAGAAAUUAUUUUGACCAGAUUUGGGAGAAAGCUACAGAACCUCUCCGUGACAAAGUAAUGCCCAAAAUCAAUGUCUAUAGUAGGGUUCAUUUUCAACUGAGAAAUAAUGUACUCCAAAUGGGUAUUCAUGCAAAUCAGAUAGUUAACGUAUCACUUAAAGAUCAUGGACAUGGGGAUUUCGAAGCAAAAUGUGGCAGGUGGUUAAAGGUGGUUAAAUUGACAGAAUUCAAACAGAGUUAUAGAGCAGAGUUACAAGCAAAAGCUGACGAAAUUAUAGCAAGUUGCAAAAGACUUGUAUCUGUUCAAAGGCAGGAGAAAACAGAUUACCAUGACAAUUACAUUCAGGAGAUUUUGCAGAUCAUUGAUGCGAAACUCAAUCUAGAAAGAGACGCACAAUAUGUACUGAGUUUAAAAUUACACAUUUGUGGUUAUGCAGCCAGAAUCUUUGAAGAAAUGCACCAGGAUUUCAUAACAGAAAAUUACCCAAUCGAGUGCGUCAAUCGAGACAACGAUCUUUUUUUUGAUGAUUUUAAAGACCUGUAUCACUUGGAGCAGGAUGAAAAGAAAGCUGAGGAAUUUGCUAAUCGUUGCCUCCAGCCUGCAGUGGAGACCUACAUUAGAGUUUCCUUGGUUCCAGAUGUUGUUGAUGAAAUGGUGUGUGGCAAUGAUCCAUUUAUUUUUAGCUCGCGCAUGUCUUUCCAAUAUUCUGUCUUAAAAGAUUUGCUUUCAAAAGACAAGUUUUGCCAUUUCAUAGAGUUCACCAGUUCAUAUGAGAAAUUCAUAAGGGAAUGGAUUCAGGAGCAAAUUGAGAAACGCUUUUCAGAUGGGACUAAACUUUUGGAGUUGGAGGAUAAAUAUCUAAAACAAUGUAUCAGAUGUAUUGACAAUGCUAUUCAAAAGGCCCAAGUGAACAAAGAAGCGACCCAAAAAGAGUUUGUUCAAGAUAUUUGCAAGGAACUUGGUGAUAAAUUGGUAAUCUCCCAGGAUGCUCUCAGCGCUUGCAUGGUGCUUUUGAAAGAAGCCACAGCAGAAAAGUUUGCAGACUUUCUUAAAAAAUCUGUGAAGGAAAUGGAACAAGCUCUGCAGAAAAAACAAAAACAAACUAAAUUCAAAGCGAAACUAGACGGACUCGGGUCAAAGCCACUAGAUAAGCUUACAGCUAAGUUAGUUGGAUGUGGUAAACAGUGCCCAUUCUGCAAGGCACCAUGUGAGGCAGGGGCAGGGGCUCACAAGGAUCAUCAUGUUGAAAUGCAUCGGCCAGAGGGGUUAGGAGGAUACAAAUCUGCCUCAAUGAAACUUAUUACUUCUAUUUGCACAUCCUCUGUCUCUACUGACAUGAGAUUCAGUAAUAGAGAUACUAAGGGGGAGUGGCAUCCUUACAAGGAAUUCAAAACAAUUUACAAGGAUUGGGAAAUUAGUGCAGAUAAAAGCUAUACAACAUCUGAUUAUUGGAAAUAUGUGAUGGUCAAGUUCAACAAGGACUUUGCUGAAUUUUAUGAUGCAGAGCCUGCAAAUAUUCCCACUGAAUGGAGAACAAUUAGCAAGGAAGAUGCUGAUAAAAGCCUUAAAAAGGCAUUUGGUGUCAUAUAGGACUUUUGGAGAAGAUGAGAGUUAGAUAUUUUUCUCUGACCAUGAGGAAGCGCAGCUUAUUUUUGACUAAUAUAUAUUUGAUCUAAUGGGAGCAUUAUGUAAAUCACCACAAUUUAUCAUGCGAUAUGUUAUGGUGAAGAAGUUAUCCUAUUACAUAUGUGAGGCAGGAAAGGCCGAACUGAGGAGAUCUAAGUAGUGACACAAGGAUGUGUGUCUUUAAUUGUAGUUCACACCAGUUGAUAACAAACUCAGCUCUGAACUUAACUUGCCUCUUUCAUUUUGCGGUUUGUUGUUGAAGUAAUGUCCAAUGGAACUUUUAAAAGUUUGAGCCUGAUGCUUAACAUUUUUGUUUGUUGAUUUGACAUUUGAUUUUAACGUAAUAUGCAAAGCAAAAAGGCUGCAUUUAAUUUGUUUAAUUGCUUCGCCUUACUUUUCUCUUGAAAAAUAUUAUUUGUGUCCAUAUUUAUGCUUAGGUUUAAAUGGUGUAUUUUUUUUUUUUAUUCCUCUUUCAUUCAAUGUUCACUUUGAUUUCUUUAUAAAAUGUGUUCAUGUGGCUUUGUUGGAUAAUCUCUCAGGCAUUGGUAUUCAGAAAUUAGUAGACAAUAUCUCUUGCAUUACUCAGGUGUUUUUUCAUUUUGAUAUUGUUACAGCAUCCCGACAUUUUUAAAAUAUAAUUUUUAAUUGCUUGUUUGAUUGAGCCAGUUGAGAAAUACCUGUCCAAAUUAAUUAAGCUGGUGUGUGUGAUUUUAUGGCAAGUUUGACUCAGAAAAGUGUCUAUGAAUGUUUUUAUUGUAUUUUCUGAUCAGAAGCAGAGCAAACACUUUGCACUUACUUCUAAAGUUAACCAAAAUAUCAUGUUUUCAUCGAUUUACUUCUUUACCUUUUUUCAAG